CAGCUCUGCUUUUGGUAUCAACCAUUCCUAUCUCACGGUGAAUGGGCCCUGUCGGUUCUAGGGCUUGCUGCCACAACUGAACCGUGACUUGGGUGUCGCAAAAUUGUGCCCGUGGCUGGAUUUCAGAAUCACAGUGCAACUCACCCGAUACUGGUUGCGGCGCCAUGUGCUGCGGCUGACUCCAUUCGAUGAAACAAUGGACGGCAGGGGCCAUAUAUAACCAAAUCCAAUCGAGUUGAGAAUUUAAAAGAUAGCAGUGAAUGCUUCUAAUAACCGUCUCCUUCCUGCUCUGUUGAUGACACAGGCACGAUCGCCAUGGGCCAAGGCUACUCCAUCACCACCCUCUCGGCAGGGUCUGCGGGUAUCGAUAUCCCAGAGCUUGCCGAUCUUGUGUAUGAGAAAUCUCUGGGGACUGCGAGGUUUAUGAAAAGUAUACGAGCUCGACAGCAUAAUGGCCUGGUCUUUGUUAAAGCGAUCAUGAAACCAUAUCCAAGCUUGCAGUUAGACCCAUAUGAAAGAGCUAUCAGGCGCGAACGCAACAUAUUGAGGGAUAUCCCGAACGUCCUCUCAUAUCAGCGGAUUGUCGAGACUGGAACUGGAGGGUAUCUGGUUCGGCAAUACAUACAUAGUUCUCUGUAUGAUCGAAUGAGCACUCGACCUUUCUUAGAGGAUAUGGAAAAGAAGUGGAUAACCUUUCAGCUUCUGUGUGCUCUUCGUGAGUGCCACUCCCAAAAUAUCUUCCACGGAGAUAUAAAAACUGAAAAUGUCCUGGUUACUUCGUGGAACUGGGUGUACCUGUCCGACUUCUCUUCGUCUUUUAAACCAACUUUUCUUCCUGAAGAUAAUCCUGCCGACUUUUCAUUCUACUUCGACACCUCUGGCCGCAGGACUUGCUAUCUUGCACCGGAACGAUUUUUAAGUGCUGGAGAAGACCCAGGAGACCGCCAGGUCAAUUGGGCUAUGGAUGUCUUUAGCGCUGGAUGUGUUAUUGCAGAACUCUUCCUAGAAUCGCCCAUCUUCACGUUAAGCCAACUUUACAAAUAUCGCAAAGGCGAAUACAGUCCAGAGCAAGGCCCACUAGCAGAGAUUCGAGAUCCAGAUGUCAGGGAGCUAAUCCUACAUAUGAUAAGCAUCGAUCCAGAAUCGCGUUACUCAGCGGAGGAAUGCCUGAACUUCUGGCGCAAGAAGACAUUUCCUGAAUAUUUUUAUAGUUUUCUUCACCAAUACAUGGGAUUAAUUACGGACCCGACGUCGGGCCGUAUGGGAAUGGAUAUCAAUGCCGCAGAUUUACAUGAAGCGGAUGAUAGGAUCGAGAGGGUCUUUCUUGAUUUUGACAAAAUAUCCUAUUUUUUGGGAUCGAAUCCUCAAACUGCCCUAGGUGGGACGAGGGAGACCACUCCACUAUUAACUCAUCAAGCUGAUAUUAUGCAACUGGAUUUACUCACAUCCGAUAGCCAGACUGCUAAAUCUCCACCGAACGAGGUAGAUGGCAUCUUGAUAUUCCUCACAUUGGUCGUGUCGAGCUUGCGAAAUACCGCCAAGUCGUCUGCUAGAGUGAAAGCAUGCGAUAUCCUCCUAGCUUUUGCUGAGAGGGUACCCGACGAAGCAAAACUGGACAGAAUUCUACCAUUCGUCAUGUUGUUGUUGAACGACCGUUCAGACGUUGUCAAGGUUGCAGCCAUCCGCACACUGACUCAGCUUUUAGCUAUGGUGAAAGUCGUAUCGCCGGUUAAUGCCUACAUUUUCCCGGAGUAUCUGUUUCCAAGGCUUCAACCGUUUAUACUAGGAUCGAAUGGCAAUCCCAGCCCCACGGUCAGAGCAGCAUAUGCCUCUUGUAUUGCCUCGCUUGCUCACACAUCUCUUCGAAUUUUAGAUAUGGUACAAGCACUGCGAUCUGAUGUCCGUCUAAUGGCUCUAAUCCCAGCUGGGUCUGAAACAGGCUGGACGGAAGAUGCCUCGUACCACAAUCUUUAUGAUGUUGCUCGCGUGGAUUUGUUAGAAUUCUUUGAAGCUCAUGCAAAAGCACUUCUAACGGAUCCCGAUGUCUCCGUUCGCCGCGCCUUUCUAGGCUCUGUUUCCAGUCUCUGCGUGUUCUUUGGCAGCCCUAAAGCGAGUGAGGUUAUUUUAAGCCAUUUGAAUACAUAUCUGAACGACGAGGACUGGAUUCUCAAAUGUGCCUUUUUCGAGGCGGUGGUUGGGGUUGCUACGUACGUUGGUAGUAUCAGUCUUGAAGAAUUCAUUCUUCCACUCAUGGUUCAAUCCAUGGCUGAUCCCGAAGAGUUUGUUGUCGAGAGAGCCCUCAGAUCACUUGCCAGCAUGGCUCGGUUAGGUCUUUUCCAGAGGUCAACCACCUGGGAUCUUCUCUACAUUGUUGUUCGGUUUUUUGUACAUCCGAGCAUUUGGAUUCGGGAGGCUGCUGUGAAUUUUGUGGUUGCCUCCACAUCCUUUUUGUCCGUGGCAGAUAAAUACUGUAUUGUAUCGCCUCUUGUUCGCCCGUUUCUCAAGGCUAAUACGACGGAUAUCUCGACAUCUCAGUUAUUGGAUGCCCUCAAAAGGCCGCUCCCCAAAAACGUAUAUGAUAUGUCCCAGGUUUGGGCUAUAAAGGCGGAAAAGGGGGUCUUCUGGGAAUCGGCGGCCCAAGAUGGCACAUUCAUCUUAGGUGGUGCCGCAGCUACAAACUUUGGGAAAUUACGCCGAUCAGCGUUGAGUAAUAUAGCGAAAAACGAAGAAGAUCAACAGUGGAUCGGCCGCCUCAGAAACUUAGGCAUGGGUCCGGAAGACGAAUUUAAACUACUUGCUCUAAAGGAGUACAUCUGGCGCAUAGCUACGAGAAGGCUCAAAGGACCUUCAGGGACUCAGAAAGCGGUCGUACCGGAUAUUGUUCCCUUGAGUCAAUACGACAUAACACCACAAACGGUUUUUUUUGAUAAGAAGCAAGGACCAAGGCAACAACAUUCACAGCCACCUGCAAGGGGAACCUACCCGUCAGACGGCGAGAGAAAGACCCAUACAAUUGCAGACGCCUUAUUGGACGCUUCGAGCACAAUUGAUGGGAACGAUCCUUUGCGAAGGCAUGGUAUCGGUCGCAGCGGUAGACAACACAGUUCCGAAGUUGUGUCGACUCUAUCUCGACAACGCACGUUAGAAUCUCUGAAAUGCGACUCUUCAACAGCUACCUCUCCUCCACAUGUUCAGCCGGAAUCCGUGAGCUCCUCUGCAGCAGCUUCAGAUGCUGAGCGAAGAGAUACUGGCGAUCGGAUGAGGCAAGGGAAGGCACUCGUCAGGUCCGAUUCAUCAGCACAAGGAUCAGAGAGUUCAUAUCUAAGAGCCAGAGGCGACGAUAUCAGGCGCCGAUCCAGCCCAAUCCACCUUCUUAAUCGCCAAGAGAACUACAAAGCCUAUGCCGAAACUGGGACCACCUCUACAAAUGUGCUCGGGGAGGUUGAUACUCCCCUCCCUAGGAGCUCACCUCAAACACCGACUAUUGCAGCUUCAAAUAGUGGAAAUGCAGUAGAGCCUGUUCGACAAUAUCGAGCAAACCAUACGUACCGUGGUAACGACCCGACGAUCUUGAAGCUCCUCGAUGCAGUUUUUGCAGAAAAUUACCCCACCGAUCUAUUUGAUUUUGGGCCAGUUGUUGCUCCGGUUUCUAGUCGAAGUCCGAUCAAAAAGGCCAGCGGGCAAUUAGCAAAUACACCUUGGAGACCACAGGGAAAUUUGGUUGCACUCUUUGGCGAACACACAGGUCCCAUCAAUAGAGUUGCUGUAGCACCUAAUCAUGCCUUUUUCGUCACUGCUUCGGACGAUGGUACUGUUAAGGUGUGGGAUACGACUCGCCUGGAAAAGAACUUGACUCCACGAUCCCGCCAAACGCACCGUCAUGCCGCAGGAACGAAAGUUAAAUGUGUCACUUUUGUGGAAAACACUUACACCUUCAUAAGUGCUGCCACAGACGGGAGCGUUCACGCAGUCCGAAUCGAUUAUCAAAAUUAUAAUGACACAGUUCGAUAUGGCAAGCCACAUAUUGUUCGGCAAUAUCAGAUAACCCCAUCCGGGGGAGAGAAUGAGUAUGCUGUUUGGAUGGAACAUUACCGUACAGACGUGCAUUCUCUACUCCUAAUGGCCACCAAUCGAUCCAAAAUUAUCGGUCUUGACUUGAAAUCAAUGAAUGAGGUGUUCAUUCUCCGAAACCCAGUCCACUACGGAAUGCCAACAACAUUUUGCGUCGAUAGAAAGCGAAACUGGCUGCUCAUUGGCACCAUGCACGGUAUACUCAACUUAUGGGAUCUUCGAUUCUGCGUGUUAGUAAAAUCAUGGGGUCUUCCUGGCGGUACGCCAGUUAAUCGGCUCCUCAUACAUCCACUAAAGGGACGGGGCCGAUGGGUUUGCGUCACUGGCGGGGGCAAAAGCGGUUCAGAAGUAAUGGUUUGGGAUAUCGACAAAAUGCAAUGCCGAGAGGUAUAUCGCACCGCUGUCAUUAGUAGUGCAUCCGAUGACAACGGCAAGCCCCCCGCUGCCGCCGCGCAAACACACCGAAACAUCCAUUUUACUCCUGACACAACUUGGAAGGCCUAUGAUCCAUGGCGAGUCGACGACGAAAAGCCCGAAUCUCUCCUUUCCCGCUUCGCAAUGGCGUCCUCGCCCGACUCGUCUUCAAAUAGCGUCACUAACGAUCGAAAUGGCAUCCGCGUCAUCGCCGUUGGCCUUGAUGUCCCUGACCCAAGUGCCCCAACUGGGAAUCAGACCAACAACAACUUCUCAUCGAAGUGUGGCUUCCUCAUUUCCGGCGGCUCUGACCGCAAAAUUCGUUUCUGGGACGUCUCCCAUCCAGACGCGUCGACGAUAAUAAGCUCUCCUGAUAUGAUAUCCGACGGGGCAAGUUUAUCCGCUAAGCCGAGAUAUGAGAUUACAAAUCCAACGCCGUCGUUGACGAUUACGACAGAGUGGCUGCCGAGUUCUGGCGCGUCGACAUCUGCGGCAGGACGAGCCGGUCCCGGCUCGAAGAAAAGCGGCGCUGGUGCGACGGGGGGCGGUGCAGGACGACCACCACGAAGUACGGUGAUCAGUUUGCAGCAGCAGCAGUUGUUAAAGAGCCAUUUAGAUAUCAUUCUUGACAUAGCGGUUUUGGAGGUGCCAUACGGGAUGACAGUAAGUGUGGAUCGGGGAGGGAUGAUAUAUGUCUUUCAAUGA